GCUACAGUGCAGGGGAGAGCCUUACAGACACCCCAGCUCCAGCCUCACUCGUGCCUGCCUCAGUCCUCCCAGCAUCAUGAGGGUCCUCGUAGCAGCCCUGGCUGUUCUGUUCCUUGUGGCCAUCUGCUCCCUGGCUGAGGCUGAUCUCAGAGUCUCCAGGAAUGCUGCACUUUUCCAGAAGGACGAAAGCAAACCCAUCUCCUGCUGCCUCGCCCACAUUUCACACCCCAUUCCACGCCGGAUAAUCCGCUCUAUCUACAGGACCAGCAGCAGCUGCCCAAUGCAAGCCAUGGUCCUGGUCACCAAGAACGGGAGGGAGGUGUGUGUAGACCCCACAGCUCACUGGGUGCAGGAAUACCUGAAGCACUUGGAGCUUCUGAAGCACUGACUCUCUGCUGCUUCCCCCGGGCAGUGGGCUCGGCCCCCAGCACAAGACGUGCAAUAAGAGUGCUUAAGCUGCAUCCUUCUUCAAAGGGAAAAUUUAUUACAAUUGGCCCCCUCUCUAUUUCUAAAAUUUUUUAGUGUAGCUCAAAAACUCAGGCAAUCAAAUGCAUAAAGCUGUGCACAAGUACACUCAAAACAAGAAGCAGAAACCUGUUAGAGUUUAUAGAGCAUAGAAGUUGAAUUUAUCAGGAGAAAGCCUGAAAACUCAAUCAGUAUUUCAAAGAUAAAACCACCUAUUCCAAAAUUACUCAUGAAUAUAUGUACACUAUAAUAAUGAGACUAAAAGAAGCACCAAAUCCUAAAACUGAUGUGUAGAGCUGCAGAAGAUUUGGGCAAGGCUGAUGGGCUUCUUUCCGCAUAAUCUGUUUGCUGUACUUCCAUGUGUACUUCAAAGCUUGUUUCAACUAGUGUUCCAUGCAAUGUAUGGUGCAAUGCUUUUGCCCACUUCUGCAAUUCAGUCUUAUAGCAACAGCUUCUAGAUUAAUAACAUUGAAAAUCUCCAAUUUAGGAAAAGUGUGAAAGAGAAAAUACAAGACUUAUAUUACUUACAAGGCAAAUAUGACAGUCUGGUAAAAAUCCUCCCUGGGGCACUGUUUUCGCAAAUCUCUUUAUAGUUUAGGCAAUCUAUUUGUUCUUAUAUAUACACCAACUCUGGAUUAAAUACUCUGCAUUUUCACAGCAUCGUGGAGGUUUUUUUUUUCCUUAAUAUAGUUUGACUUAAUCCCCUCCCAAAACCGCCUGUUGACCACUGCACUCUUUGGCUGGCUCCUUGAGGAGGACACACUGGGGUAGGAGGUUGGCACCAUCGGGACUGGCUCCCCGGCCCAAGAGCUGCACUGUGAGCACACAGCACCGAGCCCAGAGCCAUUCCCACACUUCACCCCUGGAGAACAACCCAACCUCCGUGUCCCUGCGUGUGUCACAAUCCUCCUGCCCACACCGCCAUCCAUCCCUCCGUGCUGUCCCUCUGGGCUGUCCCGGGUAGAGG